UGGGUCUGGCUGCUCUGUGGCUGCUGACUUCACCUCUCCGAAGACGCGGGCGGGGGGCCAAGGGAGCAGGCGCGAGCGGCAAGGGCGGAUCGGCAACAGCGGGACUUGGACCCUUCGCGAAGCUCAAACCCACUUCCAAGUGCGUUCCUCUGGCGGACGGCACUGCAUGUGUGGUACGGCGGGAGAUUGCGGCGGACAACUCCUGCCUCUUCAACAGCAUUGGCUACUCCAUGCACAAGUCCAAGACGCGUGCACCGCACCUACGCAAUGUGGUGGCCCAGCAGGUGGCAGGCGACACGUCCACCUACUCGGACGCCUUCCUGGGUAUGAGCAACCAGGGGUACUGCAACUGGAUCAGGCAGCCGUACAACUGGGGGGGCGGCAUCGAGCUGGCCAUCCUAGCGCAGGCGUACGGCAUUGAGAUUGCCGCUUGGAACAUCGAGACGUGCAAGCAGCACGUGUUUGGAGAGGAGUCGGGCUACAAGCGGCAGGUGAUGGUCAUCUACAACGGGGUUCACUACGACGCAUUGGCAGUCUGUGCCGGCCCCCGCGCCAAUCCCGACGACGACGAAACCGCCUUCAACCCCCGAACCAAGCGAGGCAAACUCAUCCUAGCAGCAGCCCGCAAGCUGGUGGAGCUGGCGCACCGGGAGAGCCCCUUCCACGGGAAAGCUGCUGCUACUGCUGCUGCGACCACGGGAAGCACCAGCACCUCACAGCCCGGGGGGAGCAACAAGGCAUCAGCCAGCAGCGGCAGCAGCGGCAGCGGCAGCAGCAGCAGCAGGAACACCGCCGGUAGCAAAAAGAAUACCAAGAAGGAUGCCGCCGAGGCCGCAUCUAGCAGGGCUACCUUGUCGUCGUCUAAGAUGUCCUCUGCGGCACCCGCUGCUCCGACCACCUCUAAACCUGCUGGCAAGGACUCCGGUGCUGACCCUGCCGUACCACCAACUGCAACCCCAACGUCAGCUCCUGCAACCUCUUCGGCGGCAGUGUCCCGGUCAGAGGCAGCUCCACACAGCAGCAACAGCAUUGAGGCAGCUGCCACGACCUCCUCGGGCGUUACUGCUGCUGCUGCUGCCUCCUCCUCCUCCGCGUCCUCCGUUCCUAACACCGCAGCGGACGGCGGUGAUGAUGAUGAGGGUGGCAGCGGGGCCGCUGCUGCCCACAGCAGUAGCCAUGCGGGUGCAACAGCAGCGUUGACCGAUACCGGUACCUCCCCUACGUCCAACGGCGAGACCAACAACAACAACAGCAGUUCCACCUCAGCCUCCGCCGCCAAACCGGGUGGGAGCGCUGCCGCUUCCAGGCCUCCUCGCGUUGUUCGGAGCACUCCUGUUGCUGCGGCGCCCCCAUCACGCGUGGCGGCGACGGCUGCUGCUGUUGGUGUUGUUGUGGGAUCCAAGCUGUGUUGCGGGGACUGUGGGGAGGUGCUGGCGGGUAGUGCGGCAGCGGCGCAGCACGCCAAGGCAACCGGACACCAGAACUAUCACGAAGUGGACGCAUCAUGAGGUGUUGGCCAGGAAGUGGGUAGUACGGCACUUGCUUGGGAGGUGGGAGUGGACGACAGGACGUGUGAGAUGUUGGGGGUGGACAGGUGAAGGCUGGGGAGCAUAUCACCUGAUGCCUGGCGCGUGGAAUGCAGAACAUUCUGGGUUAGGUCGUGGUGGGGGUGACCUGCCAUUCGUGUUCGGGAUGGCCUUGCGCGGGUAGUGCGUUGUGGCUGGGUUUGAGAGGGGGCUUAGCAGCAGGAUGGCUCAGGAAAGGGGGCUAGGGCGGUUUGUCU